AUGAUUGUAGGAAAGAAGACACCAAUCGCUUCGGUGGACAGAGCAACCCUUGCCGCACAGCAAGCGGAGUCUGAUGCCUCGCAGAUGCAACCUAUCAAAAAGCGCCCAAAAGGCAACAACGGAAUGAGGAUCACACCGGUCAAACGUGCUCGGCAUGCCGCGACUAGCCAACAAGAAGCUUCAGGCCUGAGCACUGGGAGCUCUAAUGCGCGCCAUUCGAAGUCGAUGGUCAGCAUCAAAUCCAGCUCACCUCCUGACACUUCAAGAAGAGCAGGAUCGUCCUCUUGUCCGGCGAACGAUCGAAGUUGGUCCGAUUACCAGUAUCUCUCGCACAAUGCAGCCCAUCCGCCUCGUCGAUCGACAGAAACUAGAGCGUAG